AUUCCGUUGCGUUGUUUACCCGAAAAUGGGUUCAGAGGCUUUAUAUAGAUUACGUUUCGCACCCUGCGUGUCUAAACAUAUGCCAUCAAUGCAUCCAACAAGAAUGAACCAAGAUGCCACUUCAUUUGAAUUAUCAAUAUGCCGCUAUGGCUGCUGGUUCUCUCAUGGGAAUAGCAGUAGGAGCUAAUGCAGGCUGGUCAUCUCCAUACCUGCCCUAUCUACUGGGCGAAGACUCACAUAUCCCCAUGACAGAAGAUGAAGGUUUCUGGUGUGCAGUUGCAUCCCUCCUGGGUGCCCCAAUCGGAUCGUCAAUUGCAUCAAUGCUCAUUGACACCACAGGCCGGAGAAGAUUCAUCCUUUCCCUGGCACCGAUUAGUUUCCUUAGUUAUAUCCUCAUUGCAAUGGCCACGGAUGUGUGGACAUUGAUUGCUGCUCGUGUAGCAAUUGGUGCCACUGAAGGAGCUCUGUACAUUGCACUCCCAAUGUAUUAUGGCGAAAUAUCCGACCCGAAAAUUAGAGGGUUUAUUAGCUCAAGUGUAUCCGUGGCCGCAUUGCUUGGUACCAUCCUUAUUAAUAUUAUUGGACCUUUCGUAAGCAUCACCACGACGGGUUUCAUAUGCAGUGUAUUUCCAUUUCUGCAUAUGAUCUCGUUUUGGGCAAUGCCUGAUAGUCCGUAUUACCUCAUCAAAAAGGGUGACCUUGAAGGCGCUAGACAUAGCCUGGUCAUUCUUAGGGGUCAUAAGGAUGUUGAUACAGAAUUAGAUGAGAUUCAUAUGGCUGUUACCAGACAGGAAAACACAAAGGAUUCAAAUGCAAGUUAUCUGGACCUGUUUACAGUGACCAGUAAUCGAAGAGCAUUCAUCAUCUAUUGCAUCCUGUGCUUUACGAAUAAGUACAGUGGAAAGAGCCCGGUCACCUUCUAUACCACCAUAAUAUUUGCCCAAGCUGAUGGUAUAUUAGAUCCGGUCCUUUCCACAAUAACUUUUUAUAUUGUUGGGAUGAUCACAACGCUCAUAGGAAUGUGUGUCGUGGACAAGUUUGGAAGAAGACCUAUGUUGCUAUUCUCAGCUGUUGGAUGUUCAAUUGCCCUUGCUGCAUGUGGCGCUUAUUUUGCCUUGCAAACAUUUGCAUCCGGUUACGUUCAAUAUGUCACCUGGUUGCCUAUAGUAUCCCUCAUAACCUACAACAUGAUCUUCAGUUGUGGGUUGUCAUUUGGUCCGGUGUUAUUCCUCUCAGAAUUAUUCCCAACAUCAGUUAAAGCGAAAGCGUUGUUUUUGGGAGAUACCACUUCAGUGGUGAUGGCUACAACAGCCUCUAAAUUCUUUCAGGUGAGCAGUGACCAGCUGGGAAUGUAUGUUCCUUUCUCAUCCUUUGCAAUAUGUACCUUUCUGGGUGCUUGUAUGAUUUAUUUAUAUGUCCCCGAAACUAAGGGGAAAACUUUGGAACAGAUCCAAGUGGAAUUGAUUGGCAGUGAUGUUUACUUAAAGGAACAAAUUUAUACUGAUGAAAAAUGCAAAGCUUAAGCUGGCAAAUGUUUUAUUUUGUAUGUAGGUAUUUAUUUUUUAUGCCAGCCGCAUUUGAAUUCAAUGAUAACAAAGUUAACGACCUAGGAUAACAAAUUGUAUAAUCAAACAAAAUUAUCUGUUUGCUUAGAUGUUAAAUAUUAUAUAAUUACAUUUAACUAAUGAAGUUUAAA